AUGCGGCUCGCGUCGUGGACCAACAAGGGUCUGGACUGGGGGUCAACCGACGAAGUGAUGAUGCUGCAAAAGCGCAUCAAAAUUAUUAUAGAGAAGGACACCAGUCUCACUGACGUGAUUCAGCGAUUCUUCAGCACAACGCACGAAGAGAUCUGGAAGCUGCUCUUCAAGGCCGAGAAGACGUGGCAGGAGACGACCGACGACAUCGGCCUCGACAGCGCGCAUCCGGCCACCCCAGCACCGAAGAAGAAGGCCAAGAAGGAGAGCAACGAGGCCAAAGGUGGCCUCCGCCAUAAAGGUACUUCGGACGCUGUGUUCGUAGAGACCAAAGCUCCCUGCUCCCAUGAGGGAGAUGAAGAUGAAGAGGAGGAGGAGGCAGAAAGUGACUCUCCCCUUAAGGGGAGGAAGAAGAAAAGGGCGGCCUCCAUAGAUCCGGAGGCGGAGGCAUCCAAGAGGGGGAAGAUAUCCCUCUCGGAUGGCUCGGAUUCGGACGCCGAAGCCACCCCCAAGAGGCACCCCAGGGCGAAGCCCCUGGCCGCAUUUCCGGCCCGUGACCUCCCCCAACUAUCAUCAUCUUUGGGGAACUCUCUGGCGCCGGAGAUGUUGGAGAGCGAGACGCCUCCAUGA